CCUGGGCUCUGUGCGUUUCUGGUUUCGAGAACCAAGUACUUGAUCGGGCGGGAGAUGGACAGCGGAGACGCGGAGGGUGUUUAGUUGUCACUGAGGAGCGCAGAGGACGGGCCGGCGGCUGGACGACAUGCAAUUAGCCUGGACACAAGCGGCACACACACACACCGGAGCCGGUCUGCACAGCCCAGCACGUAACGCAUUCAAUCGGAAGACAGCCCGAAAAUCUGCAGGGAUGGAUUUGGUCGAUUCAGGAACUACUACAGAGAAUGCUUAAAACUAAAAGCAGAAAAGUGUCUGGGGGAGACGUAUGCAUCUGAGGGAGAAGGGUAUUAGAUCCAGUCGAGCGGGACCCCGGUCACAAAAGAAUAAGAGACUGCUUCUCGUCAGUUGAAAGCCAUUUGCUACUGUUGUUUCACAUCGAUUAUCGGAAGGGACCCAUUCUCCGGGAUGAUGCAUUUUGAUUGCGGUCAGUUGCACCCUCUCUUCAGCACCUCCGUCUCACUCGCCACGGCUCAACAUGUUGCUUCUGCGGUAUGGCUGGGGUAGGCUCCCUCGGCUGCACCUUGCUGACUUUGUAACAGUUAAUUGAGAGUUGAAAAGCUUGAUUGCUGAUUUCUUUUUUAUUAAUGUGGCAAGACGCAAUGAGAAGGAGACGGUAUCUGCUUAACAGAACUGACGAUGUCCCAGCUAAACAGAAGUCAACCGACUGGCUCUACGAGUCGUAUUACUGCAUGAGCCAACAGCAUCCGCUGAUUGUUUUCCUGCUUCUGAUUGUGAUGGGAGCCUGUUUAUCACUACUCGCUGUCUUCUUUGCUUCAGGGCUGGAUAUCAAAGACCACAUGGCUUUCCUAAUAACCGUUCCAACCGCUUUGGCUAUAUUCUUCACAAUUUUUGUUCUGGUCUGCAUGGAGGCAGUAUUCCGAAAGCUACUGCACGUGUUUUCACUUGUAGUUUGGGCGUGCCUGGUUGCUAUGGGUUACCUCUUCAUGUGUUUUGGUGGUAUCAUUUCUCCGUGGGAUCAGGUAUCCUUCUUCUUAUUCAUUAUUUUUGUGGUCUACACGAUGCUGCCCUUCCGUAUGCGAGAUGCUGUAGUGGCCAGUGUGUUGACAUCUUCCUCCCAUACCAUUGUGUUGAGUGUCUACCUCUCAUCCACGGCGGUCAUAAAGGAACAUUUGGUCUGGCAGAUUUUGGCCAAUGUCAUCAUUUUCAUUUGUGGAAAUCUGGCAGGAGCCUAUCACAAGCAUCUGAUGGAACUCGCUCUACAGCAGACUUAUCAAGACACAUGCAACUGCAUUAAGUCACGUAUCAAGCUGGAAUUUGAAAAGCGUCAACAGGAACGUCUCCUACUGUCAUUGCUUCCUGCACAUAUUGCCAUGGAGAUGAAGGCCGAAAUCAUUCAGCGACUACAAGGGCCCAAGUCUGGCCACUGCCAGCUGGAAAAUACAAAUAACUUUCACAAUUUGUAUGUGAAGAGGCACACAAAUGUGAGUAUAUUGUAUGCUGAUAUUGUGGGGUUCACACGCCUGGCCAGUGAAUGUUCACCCGGGGAGCUUGUGCACACACUCAAUGAAUUAUUUGGCAAGUUUGAUCAAAUUGCAAAGGAAAAUGACUGCAUGAGGAUCAAGAUUCUGGGAGACUGCUACUAUUGUGUCUCUGGUUUACCGAUAUCCCUGCCAAACCAUGCUAAAAACUGUGUGAAAAUGGGCUUAGAUAUGUGUGAAGCCAUAAAGAAGGUAAGGGAUGCCACAGGAGUUGAUAUCAACAUGCGUGUGGGAGUUCAUUCCGGGAAUGUCCUGUGUGGAGUCAUCGGAUUACAGAAGUGGCAAUAUGACGUCUGGUCACAUGAUGUCACUCUUGCAAAUCACAUGGAAGCAGGAGGUGUUCCGGGUCGUGUGCAUAUUACGUCAAUCACAUUGGAGCAUUUGAACGGUGUGUAUAAAGUGGAGGAGGGUAAUGGACAUGUCAGAGAUCCCUACCUAAAGGAGCACAACAUCAGGACCCACCUGGUGAUUAACCCAAAGGCAGAGAGACGUAGCCCACAGCAUCAUUUUAGACAUCGACACACAGCGGAUGGAGCCAAGAUGAGAGCUUCUGUCAGAAUGACCAGAUACCUGGAAUCUUGGGGAGCAGCCAAACCCUUUGCACACUUACAUCAUCGGGACAGUAUGACAAAUGAAAAUGGCAAGAUCAAUACAGUUGACAUGCCUAUGGUUCGAUACCAUUUCCAUCGAUGUACAGAAAGAACAAAGUCACAAAAAAGAAGAUUUGAGGAGGAGUUAAACGAAAGAAUGAUCCGAGCUAUUGAUGGAAUUAAUUCACAAAAGCAGUGGCUAAAAUCGGACGACAUUCAGCGAAUUUCACUUUUCUUUCACAAUCAAGAAUUGGAAAAGGAGUAUCGAGCAACUCCACUUCCAGCCUUCAAGUACUACGUCACCUGCGCUUGCCUCAUAUUUUCCUGCAUCUUCAUCGUUCAGAUUCUGGUCUUGCCAAAAACGCCUGUUCUUGCGAUUUCCUUUGGAACUGCUUUCCUCGUUCUGGUUUUCAUCCUCUUCACCUGUUUUGCUGGUCAGCUUCUGCAAUGUAGCAAGAAGGCUACAGCUUCCCUGAUGUGGAUUUUGAAAUCGUCAGAGAUAAUUGCCAAUAGGCCUUGGCCUCGUCUCACACUCACAAUGACUACCACCACAGUUAUAUUAGUUAUGGCCAUAUUUAACAUGUUUUUUUUGAAGAACUCAGCGGUAACUUCCAUCUCAGUGAACAACACAAAUGGCAGUUUGCAAUCUAUAAAUGGACAAGCUGUGUGUUCCAUGCACAAUGACUGUUUCUUCUUGCCAUACUUCCUGUACAGCUGUAUUUUGGGACUGAUAUCAUGCUCUGUGUUCCUGCGAAUAAACUACGAGCUAAAAAUGCUGCUGAUGCUGAUUGCUGUCGUGGUUUACAAUGUUAUACUUCUGCAAACCCAUGCCUCGCUCUUUGAUGAUUAUAGCAAAAUGCUAUACAAAACUAUUGACAUAGAGAGGCCUGGUGUGCUGAAGGAUCUGAAGACAAUGGGCUCUAUCUCCCUUUUCAUUUUCUUUGUCACCCUUCUUGUUCUGGCCAGACAGAAUGAAUAUUACUGCAGGUUAGACUUCCUGUGGAAGAACAAAUUCAAAAGAGAAUGUGAGGAGAUAGAAACCAUGGAAAACCUCAACAGAGUGUUGUUGGAAAAUGUGCUGCCUGCUCACGUGGCUGAACAUUUCUUGGCUCAGAAUUGGAAAAAUGAAGACCUCUACCAUCAAUCAUACGAGUGUGUGUGCGUCAUGUUUGCAUCUAUCCCAGAUUUCAAAGAAUUCUACACUGAAUCAGAUGUAAAUAAAGAAGGGCUGGAAUGUUUACGAUUACUGAAUGAAAUCAUUGCUGACUUUGAUGAUCUGUUGUCCAAGCCUAAAUUCAGUGGAGUAGAGAAAAUUAAAACAAUUGGGAGCACCUACAUGGCUGCAACAGGUUUAAGUGCUGCAACAGUUCAGGAGUACAGCCAAGAGGCAGAUAGACAAUACACACAUAUUGGAACCAUGCUAGAAUUUGCUUUUGCACUCAUGAUAAAGCUUGACGUGAUCAACAAGCAUUCUUUCAAUGACUUUAAGCUCCGCAUUGGUAUUAACCAUGGUCCUGUUAUUGCUGGAGUAAUUGGAGCUCAGAAACCACAGUACGAUAUUUGGGGCAAUAGUGUCAAUGUGGCCAGCAGGAUGGACAGCACAGGAGUUCUCGGCAAGAUACAGACCACAGAAGAAACAAGUAACAUCUUACAAACACUCGGCUACAACUGUACCUGCAGGGGAAUUAUAAAUGUCAAAGGGAAAGGAGAACUUAAAACAUAUUUUGUAAACACGGAAAUGACACGAUCACUAUCGCAAGGAAACAUGGUGACCUGAAAUACUGAAGGCUCGACAUCAAAAAAUAAAGGUUAAGCAGCCAAGUAAGACAAGCCUUUGAAAGAGGGAUCUCAAGUAAUAACACUUGUACAUAGGUUUGAUUCUAUCCUUAGCUGCACAUCAAUUGCCUAUGUUUUGGAAAUGUAGAGCUAUUAAUAUCUAAAUUCAUCCAACUUAGAAUAUUCAUGUGUGCUGUGGACAGCUUAUUCGCCUCAACUGAGCAAACUAAUUGAAUUACUUACAGAAUGCUGGCAAUACUCAGCCGGUCGGGCAGCAUAUGCGAGGAGAGAAUCAGUUAAUGUUCCAAAUCAAUGAACUGGUUCUCUGUCCAUCGAUGCUGCUUGAGCAGCUCCAACAUUCUCGGUUUUUAUUUCGGAUUUUCAGCAUCUACAGGUUUUGGCUUUUGGAAAUGAAUUACUUAACACGGACCUGUUUCUAAAAUGUGUCCUGCAUUGUUAUGUUGUUUUAUAAAAACUUAUUAAACGUUUG